AUGAAAAUGAGUCACAUCAAUUCAACUCUGCAGCAAGUACAACCAGUUAAAGCAUGUACCAAACAAUUGCCAGUCUAUGUAAAAGGGACAUGUCUUCUUGAAACAAAUGAAGAGGAACAGAUGUAUUCCCUGGAAAUUCUGACAGUUGAUCAUUGUCGUGAAACAAGUAAAGAAUUUAUCGAGGAGGAGAAAACAAACAUUGAAGAGCAGUUCUACCGGGGUGGAAGAGUGAACUGGUUGAAUUUCUGGCUUGCUGAGCACAAGUAUGUUGGAGAGGUAAUUGAGAGAGAUGCUUAUUAUGAAGUUUCCAAACUUCUAAGUGAUGCUUUGAAAAGGAAUGCAGAUCAAACUCCGGUGAACAGUAUAAACAUUUACCAUCAUCCAGGAAGUGGUGGAAGCACUGUGGCAAGACAAGUGCUGUGGAACAACAGGAAAGAGCUAAGGUGUGCAGUUGUGAAGCCUUCAUACUCAGCUGCUGAUGUUGCACAACAUGCAGUUAAACUAAGAGAAUAUGAAGAAAAAGAUCCACAAACAUGUCUUCCUGUGCUGCUCCUCAUUGAAGACUCGGACAAAGAAUAUCUAGAUGAUCUCAGGAAUGAACUAGAGGUUGCCAUUAACACCAGAAGAAUCCAGUAUGGGACUCUAUGCUUCAUUUUGUUGAGCUGCAGACGAUCCCAUGACCCAGAAAAUAGAUGCAAGGAGUCCCCACUACAGAACGUGUCUGUCACUCACAAAUUGUCUGAUAAAGAGAAGAGAAAGUUUGCUGGAAAACGAAAGGCACUUGAAGAAAGGUAUGCGCCUGACUUCAUCCUGACAUUUGUUCUGAUGAGUGAAGAAUUCAAUGAGAAUUAUAUUCAAGAGUUUGUAGAACAUGUGCUCCAAGACAUUGACCGUCAAUCUGUUGGCACUCGCCUCUUACUCUAUGUAGCACUGUUGAACACUUACGUUCAAAACUCGUACAUCUCACAGUCCCAUUGUGAAGCUUUGCUUGCCUUAACCAUUCGCUUGGAAAGGUUUCGCCAGCAUGAGUUUGCGAAAUCACUCAGUGAUCAGGCCAAACUGGUCCUCUUGCACCUGAGAGAUGACAAGACGCACAUUGAAUCAAUCAAAAUCAUCCACCCACUUGUGGCAAAGGAAAUUCUCCAACAACUUUUGGGGAACCAACAGACCCAAAGCAGUUUGGCAAUGGAUCUGCUCUGCGAGACAGUGCUUUUUGAGCACAGAUUUGGAAGGGGCGAAUAUCUGUCAUUUUUGAGAGCACUUUUCAUGAGGCGAGCCAGAAUAAGCAAAGGGGACGAAUAUGAUAGCCUUUUCUCUCCUCUGAUUGAGCAUGUGUGUGAAGAAGAGGAAUGCCCAAACAAAGCAAUUGAGCUACUAAAGGAGGCGUUUCAGCGUUUUCAUAAAGAUCCGUUCUUUGCACAACAACUUGCUCGUCUUCAUUAUACUUACGAAAAGUUUGAAGAGGCAAAACACUGGGCAGAGACCGCAGCUAAACAGCAGCCCAACAACUCAUACAUCCUUGACACAAAAGGACAGGUAUACAAGAAAUGGUUCCAAGCUAAAUGCAGAGUGUUUGACAAUGACAAUGUACCAAAGACAGCCCAAAAUACCGCAGAUGCUAUGGAGACUGCGCUGAAAGCACUGGAGUGUUUUCAAGAAUGUGAGAAAGCAGCUAAUGCAGAUAUGGAACACCUUAACAGCUCAGGGUUUUUUUCAGAAGUUGAGGUUGGCUGCAGUCUGCUCAAACUGAUCUCUUCAACCCAAGUGUUUGCAAACAGCCAUUCAGAGUGUAUGAAGUACCUGCUGACAGAUUACAUUCCAGAGGAAGUUAAAGAUGCCUGGGAACCAUUUCAUGACCGUGUGAAAAAACUUCACAAGACAAUGCAAGAUGCCUUGGAAUGGAUUUCAGAAGACCUCAGCUACUUCCAGACAGACAUCGGGGAAGAUGAAAAUGAGACCGCUGAAAGACCCGAGGAGAAGAUAAGCAAUCCUCUGAAAUGGCUGGCAAAAAAAUCCUCAGAGUAUGGGAAGUACUUCAGUGAAGCUGAUGCUAUUGCACUUCUAAAACAUGGACAAUCAAUCCCACCCAAUCUGACUAAUACCCAGAAACGCAUGAUCAUCCAUCAUCUUGGUGGAGGUAAUGUAACAUCCAUCCUCUCCAAGCUAACUAACCAGAAGGAUGCAGUACGUAUUCUAGAGAGCAUUAUUUCUCUGUACUCCAGCAAUCCAGUUCAGGCUAAAUUUGGACAAGGGGACAUUAUCAAUUACAUAUUGGCCCACAUUUCUCUGAACUGCCUGUCACCAAAGAAUCAAAAGGUAGCUGAUUUUAAAGAUCUACAGGCACUCUGUCAUCAGUUCCCAACUGAGAAAAGGAAAUGUUUACCAGGUGCCCUGUUCUUGCUCACCUUGCUAUUCUGGCCAGAGGAUCAUGACACAGACCGUGAGAAAGAAGCAAAAUACGAAAUUGUGCAAUCAGCUGUUGAACACCUGGAAAAAGACUACUGGACCAAGAUGAAAGACAUUCCUCAGAGGAAAAGAAGGAUUUACACCCACUUUUUCCUGGGCAAUGGAAAUGAAUUGGAUAAAUUUGUCCACAAGAGAAAGUUUGAAAGAGUC